AUGACAGAAUUCCUGCCCCAUCAGAUUCAGUUUACUAGUCCUCUUCAUCGACUCCUCAGAAAGGAUCCUCCUCCUUGGUCUCUGGAUCACACCAAAGCAAUCCAAGCCCUCAAGCAGCUUGCACAACAUCUUCCCACUUUGCAGAUUCCCUCCACAGGUUUACGCAUCCUGCAAUCAGAUGCCAGCGACACCCAGUGGGGUGCUGUCCUUCUUGAAGAAACCCCGAAUAAGAAGCGCAGAGUGUGUGGUUAUCGCAGUGGUGCAUUCAAACCUUCUGAACAACAUUACCAUUCUACCUUCAAGGAAAUCCUUGCAGUCCAUCGCGGAAUAGAAAAGUUUUAG